UUCGCGAAGCAGUUGCCUUCGAGUCUUCGACAUCGUCUUAGCUUUGUGAAAAUGGGAACCGGCAGUCUUUGCAUCCUACUGGCUACGGCGAUUUGCCUGACCACAUCUGAGCAGAUCUGCAAAUCUGUGGAGACCUGCAAAACUGAGCAGAUUUGCGACAAUGUGACCGUCAUCACCGUCACCACCGUGAAACCCUUUUCCAACAAUAGAUUUCGCACGGUAGAGAUUCUACGCGAUGAGCCGGUGAUGCUGGAAUGCCCGGAUGACAAGCAACCCUUCAUGGAAUUAGGAACAGCGCAGUUGAUGGAAGCCUAUUCGUACAAUAAAGAAAAACAGACCUGUCGUAUUCCUGCCGCCUUCUGCCAGCCGAGCAGCAACCUCCUGCCUCCGCCAACGCCGUCUGCUGCGAUCGACGAUAGUGGGAUGAUACGUGAAAGUCAACGAACGACUGACCCGAAACUGCAGUCAUUAGUACGUAGCUGUUCCAACAGCAAAAACUGCACCCUGUUGUUUAAUCGUGAGGAUUACCUGUUAAUUUCCCAAUGUGGAUUAAAUACACCGAUGCGACUGGUGCUGACCUUUCGCUGCUCCAGCAAAAAAGUCUAAGCCGUCGUGAUCGCCUCAGAAUUAAUGGAGAUUGAUGCUGAUGCUUCGUUCAUGAUAAUGAUGGUGCUGAUGGUGGUUUGUUCAUGUUUUUUUUGCCGUUAUGUAUCGGUUUUCUUUAGAGCAGAAAUAUAACGCAUUAGGAACAUAAAGCGCAUUAAGAAAAUAAAGGUUGGGUUUAUUGA